AAAGAAUUAUCCCUGAAAAACCAACAUACUAUACAGGUCGCGCAAAUUAGUUAGCGAAUUCAGCGAGAGAUGACGCUACUUCUAGUCAAGUUACAUGAGAAACAUGAUUAUUUUAACUAUUGAAAGUUUGUACGGAUACGGAACUCGGUGGGCGAGUCCGACUCGCACUUGGCCGGUUUUUAUUUAUUUGCAUAAGUAUACAUUACAUUACCUUAUGCAUAGUUUCUUGUUCUUACUUCUUAAUAAUACCCAAUAGUCAUAUUUUUCAGGAGAUCACGGUCAUUAAUAUAUUUUUGGCUGGCCAGUUUUUCAUUAAAAAUUGACAAUACUUUAUUGAUAUAUACAAAACACACAUAAGAGGCGAAACUUAUCAGUUAUCAUACAGUUCGACUAAAUAACCCUUUCGAUAGUGUAAGUAAAUAUGACUCUAUAUAUAAAUAAAUACACAGCAAGCAAUCAUCCAGUAUUUGGCUGCCAUCGAGUCUGGGAGGAGCGAUCUUGGUCGGCGUCCGCACUGACGUCGUUUUCGCGCACAACCCACUGCGUCCGCGCAGACAGACCAGUACCACAUUAUCAGUAACGGUGUUACGACCGGCCUCGGGACUAGCGCCAGGUGAAAGUCUCCGAGUCUCAGACGCACAACUCUCCUCGACUGCACAGCACGCGUUCAAUUUCGAGUUUAUCAAGCGCGAAUUACCCGAAGUUAGAUAAAGGAGUAAAUAAACAAUAGGUCGUGCGGAUCCGUCGGUUACAGUACAGCCGGUGCGGUGCGCGUCGCGUCAUAUCACGCCUGACGAGUGCACGUUGAGCGGCUGAUAGUGCCGCGAGCGCAGGCGCAGCUCAGUCUCGACCAUGCUGACGACGGGUGUCGUCGUAGCGCUGGCGCUGCUGGCAGCCGCCGCCGCCGACGACGCCGACAACCGACUGGACAACGCCACCGGCCAGGACCCGCCCGCCGAGGUCGCCGAGAAAUACUUCAUUAACAAGAUCUUCGACAAGUACGGCGACAAGGGCUUAAUUACCUUCGAGGGUUUCGAGCACUUGCUGGACAGCUUAGGGCUGGGUGGGCGCGUGUUCUCCUCGCCGCACGCGCUGGCAGACCAUCGUGUAAACGGCACCUUCACAUUGCUGCACGACACACAGCAUCGCCACCGGCGCUCUCUCUCCACGGAACCAAUACUGAAGAAGUCAUGCCUGUCGCCGAAGGAUAUAUUAGAAGUGUACGGCAUAGAGAGCGAGCCCGGAGUGAUCACCAUCAGCCCGCAGACGUUCCUGGACAUGUGCCCGGCGCUGGUGUACCAGCUGGACCAGCGCUCCUGCUACAAGACCGAGGCACCGCCCACUAAAUUGGAUAAACAGUGGACUUGGAUAUACGCAUCACUGAGCAUACUUGUGAUCAGCGCUACCGGCUUACUAGGAGUAGCAGUGGUACCGCUGCUCAAGUCGGCUAUCUUCAGCCAAGUCCUGCACUUCCUCGUGGCCGUUGCAGUGGGAACGCUCUGUGGAGAUGCCUUGUUGCAUUUGCUGCCACAUGCCCUUAAAUCACAUGGCCCUUCAUCUGAACCGCAGGAAGAAACUGAGGUUAUUCUUAAAUGUAGUGUCACAUUCCUCACUAUUUUACUUUUCUACGCUGUCGAAGCGAUUAUGCAGACAUUGCAUGGAGGACACGCCCAUUCUCAUGACGUUGCCCUUGCACCAACUGUGGAAGAAAUUAAAACAGAGAGUGCUAAACAAAUAGAGCCCGUACCUAUAGAAUUAGGGGCCAUGAUGCCGGGGUCCCCGCCGCCGCCCGCUGAGCGGCCGAUGACGUCGACAGCGCUGAUGGUGAUCGUGGGCGACGGCCUGCACAACCUGACGGACGGGCUGGCCAUCGGCGCCGCCUUCGCGGGAGACCCGGUCACCGGCUUCGCCACCGCCCUCGCGGUGUUCUGCCACGAGCUGCCGCAUGAGCUCGGCGACUUCGCUGUGCUGCUACGUUCCGGCAUGAGCAUCCGGCGUGCGCUGUACUACAAUCUGCUUUCAUCUGUGCUCAGUUUUAUGGGCAUGGCGGGCGGAAUUUGGCUUGCAGAAGACCACGAAUCUGCGUCUCAGUGGAUCUACGCCGCGACAGCGGGUACUUUCUUUUACAUAGCGCUGGCGGAUUUAGUGCCCGAGAUAAACGAGAACAAUCAUGGAAAAAGUAUGAAUUUAUUGUUAGCUGUGUUCGGGAUUCUCACGGGAGGAAUAAUUAUGUUGCUCAUUGCUCUUCAUGAAGACUCGAUACAAUAUUUGUUCAGAAAUUCGGAACAAUGAGAAUCCGAAGUUGUGGAGUAAUAUAAUGUGAUAAUUGUACUCACGGUUGUUCAAAUUGUUAAUAGAUAAAAAGAGUAAUGUCAUUAGCUAUAGGUAAGUAGGAGUGUAAGUAUUUAAGUAAAGGCCCUGAAUCCGUCUUGUAUUAGUAAAAAAUAGGCCGUUAUAUUUAUAUAGGUAUUUUGAAUAUCUAUUUUUAUAACGAGUAUUAUACGUAAAAUCUAUGAGUUACUAUAAGUAGAUAGUAAGAUUAAUUAGUCCUAAGCGUUAAAUAAGCUAAAUAAGUAUUUACUAAAAUGAAGCCUUUUAUAUUUAAUAAUAUUUAAUUUCCUAGUUCUGAUGGUCUAAAUGUACAUAAAUAGAAAUAAGUAAAUAUGGUUUAAUUAAUAUAGUUAUACAAUAACAACUGAUUAUAAAUACCUACAUAGAACGAGUAUUUUAUAUUUAAUAGUGCUUUUUCAAUUGAUAAUUGUCAUUGACACUGAUUAAACUUUCAUAUUGUUAUGUAUAGGUGAAUAAAAUAAGGGAUCAUCCAUAAAUUACGUCACACUAAAAAAACAUGUUUUUUGUCACAGCUGGUCACAUUUGUUAGACUCCCCCCUCCCUAGUGUGACGUCACAUAUUUUGCAAAUUUACACGUAGAAAUUAUUGAAUGAAAACAGCGGUUUGAAAUCAAUCUUAUUUCCAUUUAUGUACUUAAAUUAUUCUUCACCAUACCAGCAGGUAAAGGCUCUCUUGAUAGGUACUUCAAAAACGAAUGACAAAGUUUUAUUUUAUCAACAAGAGUGCAAAGUAAUUUCAUAUAAAUUUUAACUUGAGCUGGUUGUAAAAAAUAUUUAUCAAACUAAAUUGUUUGAUGUUUUGCAGUUAAUAUUUUCCACGUGUUGGUGUGUGUAUGUGACAAAUUUCUUUAACAUACGUGCCUUGAACACACCGAAACGCUCAAGAUUCCACAUUCUGAAUCGGUCGACAUAACAAUUGGUAUAAUAUAUUUAUAACCAGAUGCAAAGCCGAAAAUAAGUGAUAGUCUAGGCCAUUUAGAAAUUUUUUAGCUAAAUGUACAUGGCUUACUCUUAGACAAAUUUAUUUUAUGGUAUACGAUAGACAUUUUACAACACGAAAUAAAACCAAAACAAUUACCUACAGUAACAAGAGUACGCUUAUCGAUUUAGUCUGAAAUUUUGGAGUUUUCACUGACAAGUUUUAAAAAACGACGAAUCAAAUUUUAUCCAAGUUUAUAGCUAAAGAAUGCUCUAAAUGGCUUAGACUAUCGCCUAAUUUCGGCUUUUAAUCCGGUAUUUGUAGAUGUUUAUGAGGUUUUAAUAAAGUAACAGUUUAAAUUUCGUGUUUUAACCCUUAGAUUAUGAUAUGUGACGUCACGAAAUUUAGGACACCUCCCUCCCCCUUGUCACAGAUUGUCACACUUCGUCGACCCCCUCCCCCCUAAUGUGUGACGUAAUUAAUGGAUGAUCCCUAAGUAGUGUAGUUCACUGAUCGCUUCAGAUGCAUGCUCGUAUUUAAAAAGGUAAAAUGAAAAGUAUUAAUCAUUACGUAUUUCCAUGAUUGAGUAUGUUGAACGUAAAUAAGUAGGUACCUAAGAAUUAGCUGCCGAUUAGAUAAAGCUGCCUUUACCAUUGAUUAAGUAUUUUCCUUGACUUCUAUAUUUUGUUAAUAAAAAAUUCGUUGGAACAGCUUUAAUAUACGUAACUAAUUUUUGUAUUUUUUUUUGUAUCUACAUUCUAGAUAUUAUUAAACUUAUAUUCAUUAAACUUUACUGAAGUAACCCUGGAACGAAGACGGAAGGUUUACAUUUUAAAGCCUCAACCACACAUAAAGCGUUUUGAUAGCGUAGCGUUAGCGGAGCGGAAUGCGCGCUGGACGCGCGCGCAUUCCGCUCCGACGCCGACGCCCAAUGCGCGCAACGCCAGCGUUCGUCCGGCGCACCGCUA